CUGGCGCUAUUAUGAACAGUCACUUAAUUUGCAAUCCACUGCCGGUCAGACAUCAGUUGUUGGUCAUCAUCGUGGAUUCUCACAACCAUUGGUUGUAGAGAAUUCGGCCGGUGAUCCAUGGUUUUUACAAUCGACUGACCAUCAAAUGCCCCCAACAGCACCUAUCAGACAUAAUAAACGUCCAGCACCACAGUACUGGAGGCAGCUAUAUUGCGGGUGGAAUAAGUGUCAAUGUGCUUUGUUGCAGCAACAGGAGCUAAGCCAAUCCCAACCACAUAUUGUACCACCGUCAAUUCCUCCCCAUCAACCCAAUGUGAAUCAACACAUUCAUGUUUCCUCACACGCUUUUAAUAUUCAUAAUCUUCUUACCGCCAAUCAUUUGCCCAAGUCGCCAAAUCAAGGUUCUGUUGGAGUGGCUGCAGGUUCGGCUUUAGUCGGACAACAGCAGCAUAUUCUGGGACCACUUACACAUGCAAUAUCCACAUCGGCCUGUCAGACACAGCAGCUGUUAACUAACUCGUCCAACAACAAUCUGAUGUCUACAUCACUGAAUGCUGCUCAGAGCCACAUGAGUCCUGCGGCUGCCGUUGCUGCAACGGUUGUCAAUUCAGGUGCUGGCCAUACAGUCAAACUUCAUUUUGGUUCUAAUAGCAAUUUGUUGCAGAAGUACUGAUGAUGCAUCCAACUCUGCGCCAACAAUAACAACAGCUAGAACAACAUUUUCCAACGCAACAAUCAUCAAUGUCGUUAUCAAUAUCCCAGUGUCCACCAGUGAUGCAUGUCGCCAUAGGCGGUGGCGUCAGUGGUAUUGGUGCUGGCUGUAGAAUUGUUGGGAGCGGCGGGAACAGUGGCGGUGUCACGUCAACGUCAUUUCACAAUUUUGAUACAAACGGUACUGCGUGGAACAGUACGUCAUCUCUUUCGCCCACCAUAACGAAAAUUCAUCAUCUUCUGUCAAUCAUCAGACGAUACAACAGCAACAACAACAGUUACUGCCACUAAAGCAACAGAUGCAACCGGGACUGCAACAGCAACAGCAAUUGAUGCAUAACCAGCAUCAGGAACGGAAAUGCGAAGUGAAAUUGAAUGCAAUGCCAUUAAAGUUUGGGAUGAUCGAAUUCAAAAGUGCGACUCUAUCCAGAAGACACUAACUGCAUAAACGUACCCAAUGUACUGCCAAUGCUGGGCAUACAGAAUCCACACAAUGUGAUUUCGAUUUCAUCCGACGGAAAGCUGUGCACUUGGAGUUUGGAUGUGUUAUCGAAACUGCCAGAUACACUGGAACUGGAGCAACGGAAAUCAAGACAAUUGGUGCCACUUGCAAAUAAGAGAUCAUCAAUUUUCAACAAAUUUCGACCAUUUCUUUCUUACAUCAUCCAUUGAUUGGAGUCUUGAGACAACCACAAUAAUGAUUCGGUUAUGAUCCAUGUAAUAAGGUCUUUGGAUUUUUAAUACGCAGUUACAAUAGGAACCACUACAAACAAAAACAACUAUAACCCAUAAUGACUUAAAUUAAUUUACUUAUUGUUUUUUUUUUUUGUCAAAGCAUUAGCAUAUCGCUGGCUGAGAAUUAUAAGGUUGUAUGUUUUAUGGAAACCCCUGCAAACAUACAACCCUAUAAUUCUCAGCCAGCGAUAUGUAUGUAUUAUGUAUUUUUUGUUAAGUACAU